AUGCAUCAUAAGAGCACAGUCAAAAAGACAUUCAAAGUCUUGUUUUUCUUUAUCCAGGCAUUAGUGUUUAUUUCAGGGGUUGGAGGGUCGAUAGUUGGAACAACAGUCUAUCUAACUGCACACGAACUCCUUCAGAUACCUAAAAAGGCACUUGUGAUUUCGUACACAUUGGGAAUUCUAGAAGUGACAUCGGGGAUUCUUGGAUACACGGCAUUGGUGUCGAGAAGAAAGAUUCGAAUGCUUGUCUACAUCCUAAUCACACUUAUCCUCAUGAAUGCCCAGGCCAUGGCGGUGGUCAAGAACUCAGCUAUCUACGAGAAGUCACAUUCAUGGGCAGAUCAAAGAUGGAGUUUAUUGAGUGAAGAACAACGAAACUUUAUUCAGAUGAAGUUUAGAUGCUGCGGGUUUUUUAACCCAGCCGACAGAAAUGGAUCCAGCUGUGGAGGAGAGUAUGGAUGUGCAGAAACGAUUGAUAAGCUUUCCAAGAGUACGGUAAAGCUUCUGCAAAAAAUUCUGAUGUUUUUGUUCUUCUUGGAGUCGGUUGGAGUUGGAAUUUUGAGUAUGCUAAGACUUAGAAAGUGA